AUAUUGAACAUUGGAGAACGUUUGGUUGAAGUCCAGAAUCAAAUUAGUACUCUAGUUCAACCAAUGCAAUGCUUUCCUGACACUGCUGGUUCUCAUGGGUUUUAUCGAUCUGGUGAUACCUCAAGUUAUUGUGAUGAGUCAGCUCCACCUCCACCUCCACUUCUACGGGUGGAACAAAUCUGUUAUUUGACAGAUAUUUAUAGUCAAGUUGUUGCACGUGGGCGUCUGCUUAGAGAUAAUGCAGGCAUCUCUCCAGAUUGCAUCAAAGUUAUAUUGGAUGUUGUUGAAGUUUCCAGUGCGAAUGUGUUUGGUGAUAUUGAGAAGACGUUAGCCGAUUGCGACGUGGGUGAUGUUCUCGUUUGGCCUAAAGUGCUGACGAAAACAUAGAUAUUAAAGGACUUUACUUAAAACUUAUCCCAAGUUAAGAACAUAUUUUUGUAAUUUGGUCAGGAUAUGUGGAUUAUGUUUGAGGUUAUUUUGGAUAUUAUUUGACUAAAUCUUUAUCUUGAAUUAUUUAGUAGUUUUGCUUAACUAAUUUA